AUGUCGUUCUCCAUGAAGCUGCCGGCCGCGAAGGGCAAGAAGAAGCCGCUCGGCGCGCCCUUCUCGUCAGACGGCAAGCAGUACGGGCUCGUGAUCCCGAAGAAGGACGCGAAGGAGAAGACGGAUGCCAGGCGACGCGUGGGCGCCGAGGCCGCGCGCAGUCUGCAGCAGACGCAGGUGGACAAAGUGCGCGCCCAAGCGCUGGCCGACGACCCGUCGGUCUUCGACUACGACGCCGUGUACGACGACAUGAAGAGCGCGCGGGAGAGCGAGGCGUCGCAGCGCGCGGCCAAGCGGGAGGCCGAGAAGAAGAAGCCCAAGUACAUCAGCACGCUGCUGCAGCAGGCCAAGAUCCGCGAGGUGGAGAACGAGCGCAUCCGGGAGCGGCGUCUGGUCAACGAGCGCAAGGCCGACGACGCGCUCUAUGGCGACAAGGAGAAGCUCGUCUCCGCGUCGUACAAGCGCAAACUGCAGGAGAUGCAGCGCUGGGACGCGGAGGACGCGCGACUCGCGGCGCUGGAGGAGAACGAGGACGUCACCAAGCAGGGCGAGCACGCCAUGGCCGGCUUUUACGCCAAUCUCAACAAGAACAUCGCAAUGGGCGGCUCCACGGACAACGCGCGCAAGAAGCGCGAGGAGGCGAAACCGAGCAAGGAGGACGCCAUCGCCGCUGCCAGAGCUCGCUUCUUGGCACGCAAGGCGCAGCGUCAAGCUCCCGGUUCCACAGCUUAG